GUCCUGUUCCAAGAAGAACUCUGAAGAUGAUUCAGCCUUCUACGGCUGGAUCUCUAGUCGGAAGAGAAAAUGAGUUGGUUAAAAGCUUGUCCAAACGGAAACAUUGGAACGACCAGUUAAUAUCUAAGACUUCCAGCUCUGGAGUUGUUACUGACCCAGAACACAGUGAAAAUAAAAAUCUUGGAGGCGUCACCCAAGAAGCAUUUGAUCUUAUGAUUACAGAAAAUCCAUCCUCUCAAUAUUGGAAAGAAGUGGCGGAAAAACGGAGGAAGGCUCUCUAUGAAGCACUUAAGGAAAAUGAGAAACUUCAUAAAGAAAUUGAACAAAAGGACAGUGAAAUUGCCCGCCUGAAGAAGGAGAAUAAGGAAUUGGCAGAAGUAGCAGAACAUGUACAGUAUAUGGCAGAGAUAAUAGAGAGACUGAAUCAAGAACCUCUGGAUAACUCUGAAUCACCGGAUAGUCAGGAAUUUGACUCUGAGGAGGAAACUGGUGAGGAUUCUGAAGUAGAAGACUCAGAAGGUGGCACAUGUGCUGAAAAAGUCGUCUCCUCCUCUACAGAUGAAGAACCAUGUGUGUGAAAUUCAGUAACACUGACUCAUGAGAAAUAUACUGCCAGCGUUCACCUCCACUGUAGUUCUUUGUAGCAGAGCAAAUAACUUGAUAAUGAAAACUUGGACUCAGACUUCCUUGUUUGUAUCCUGGGGCCCUAUUAUUGUAUUAAAAUACAAAUACUAUGUAUUUUUAAUCUACGGUGUUGUUUUGUGUAAAUAGCAUUUUCUCAGUUGUCAGACAUGACUUGUGUAUAUGAUAAAUAAACUUCAUUCUGUU